CUUAGUGAGGUUACACAAACAACGAAGCGCCACCCCUCGGCCGAGCUGUCCACGCUUUCUCUGGAAUUAUUUUCUAGCUAAAUUCCCAAUUCGAUCUCACUUGAGGUCUUUUGAUCUCAACAAAAUCUCAAGCUCUUGGUUUUCACUUCUGCUAAUCCUUAUAAAUCAUCUUCCUCUUUCUUACUUUUCUAAUUAUUGUAAAUGAAUAUUUAGGGUUAGUAAGGGAUCAAUCCAUCGAACCGCUGAGUGGCCUAUCUGUAAAUACGGUCGAAAACUGGGGGCGAAUCAGUCCCAGCUUCACCGCAACCCGGCUGCGGCCAUUCAAUCAACUCAAGCCGGCCGGAAUUUCUGGUUUUUCCUCCGCCAGCAAAAUGCGCCCCUGCAACACACCCUUCACUACCUGCCCUACAUUGAUUCUGUAAACCGUCACUCAGCCAAGCCCCAUCACCAGCUCUCUUCAAAGAUGGACUCCGCAUCCAAUUCUUCUUCUGCUUCCAACUCUGCCUCUCCCCCGCAAGAGGAGCCUGAGUACCUCGCCCGUUACAUUGUCGUUAAACACUCGUGGCGCGGCCGUUACAAGAGAAUUCUCUGUAUCUCUAAUGUUGCAAUCAUCACCCUCGACCCCAACACGUUGUCCGUUACCAACUCUUAUGACGUCUCCACGGAUUUUGAAAAUGCCACGCCGAUCAUUAGCCGCGAUGAAAAUUCCAAUGAGUUUAAUAUUAGCGUGAGGACUGAUGGUCGCGGAAAAUUUAAGGGGAUAAAAUUCUCGUCACGGUAUAGGGCGAGUAUUUUGACCGAGUUGCACAGAAUCAGGUGGAAUAGACUCAGUGCAGUGGCGGAAUUUCCCGUGCUUCAUCUUCGGAGACGCAACUCGGAGUGGGUCCCUUUUAAAUUAAAGGUUACUUAUGUUGGAGUUGAACUUAUCGAGUUGAAAUCUGGAGAUCUCAGAUGGUGCCUGGACUUUAGGGAUAUGGAUUCACCUGCUAUCAUUCUCCUUUCUGAUGCUUAUGGGAAGAAAAGUGAAAGUGGAGGUUUUGUUCUGUGCCCAUUAUAUGGGAGAAAAUCGAAAGCUUUCCAAGCUGCUUCAGGGACCACAAGCUCUGCAAUCAUCUCAACUUUGACUAAAACUGCAAAAUCCAUGGUUGGGUUGUCACUAUCUGUGGAUAGUUCUCAGCCCCUCACUGCAGCAGAGUAUAUAAGACGACGAGCCAAAGAAGCAGUUGGGGCCAAUGAAACGCCUUGUGGGGGUUGGUCAGUGACAAGAUUGCGCUCUGCUGCUCAUGGAACGUUAAAUGUUUCUGGAUUGACUUUAGGAGUUGGUCCUAAAGGAGGCCUUGGGGAGCAUGGUGAUGCUGUAUCCCGUCAACUCAUUCUUACAAGGGUUUCACUUGUUGAAAGGCGACCAGAUAACUAUGAAGCUGUUAUUGUCCGUCCUUUAUCUGCUGUGAGCUCACUUGUUCGAUUUGCAGAGGAGCCCCAGAUGUUUGCUAUUGAAUUUAAUGAUGGAUGCCCUAUCCAUGUAUAUGCAAGCACAUCUCGUGACAGCUUACUUGCUGCAGUUCGGGAUGUUUUGCAAACAGAAGGUCAAUGUCCAGUACCAGUAUUACCAAGGCUGACAAUGCCUGGUCAUCGUAUUAAUCCACCUUGUGGGGUUGUCGAUUUACAAGUUAGAAGACAGCGUCCUGUGGCUGAUAUGGAUAAUGCGUCCUUGCAUUUGAAACACUUGGCUGCAUCAGCUAAAGAUGCUGUGGCUGAAAGUGGUUCAGUGCCUGGUUCGAGAGCUAAACUAUGGCGUAGAAUACGGGAGUUCAAUGCAUGUAUUCCAUACAGUGGAGUGCCCCCUAACAUUGAGGUGCCCGAGGUGAUUUUGAUGGCCUUGAUUACAAUGCUUCCUGCUACUCUAAAUCUGCCUCCAGAGUCCCCUCCCUUGCCACCCCCUUCACCCAAAGCUGCUGCAACAGUGAUGGGCUUCAUUGCUUGUUUGCGUAGACUACUCACGUCAAGAAGUGCAGCUUCGCAUGUGAUGUCUUUUCCUGCUGCUGUUGGAAGAAUAAUGGGUUUGCUUAGAAAUGGAUCUGAGGGUGUCGCUGCUGAAGCUGCUGGACUGAUUGCAAUACUCAUUGGUGGUGGAUCUGGUGAUGCAAAUAUGUUAUCAGAUUCUAAAGGAGAGCAGCAUGCAACAAUCAUGCACACAAAGUCUGUAUUAUUCGCACAGCAAGGUUAUGUUAUUGUCCUUGUUAACAGAUUGAGGCCCAUGUCUCUAUCACCUUUAUUGUCAAUGGCUGUUGUUGAAGUUCUUGAGGCUAUGAUAUGUGAACCACAUGGUGAAACUACCCAAUACACUGUUUUUGUUGAGUUGUUACGCCAAGUUGCUGGUUUGCGGCGUCGUUUGUUUGCACUUUUUGGACAUCCUGCGGAAAGUGUUAGGGAAACGGUUGCUGUAAUAAUGCGUACAAUUGCCGAGGAAGAUGCAAUUGCUGCAGAGUCUAUGCGUGAUGCUGCUUUGCGAGAUGGGGCUUUGCUGAGGCAUUUAUUACAUGCAUUUUUCCUUCCUGCUGGUGAGCGCCGUGAGGUUAGUCGACAGCUUGUUGCCCUUUGGGCAGAUUCCUAUCAGCCAGCAUUAGAUUUAUUGUCUAGAGUGCUGCCUCCUGGGCUUGUUGCUUAUUUGCACACACGUUCAGAUGGAGUUUCUGCUGAAGAUUCAAAUUUGGAGGGUUCAUUAACCAGUAGAAGACAGAGACGUUUACUCCAGCAGAGGAAAGGACGUGCAGGGAGAGGAAUUACAUCUCAAGAGCAUUCUCUGCCUUCGGUUAAUAAUUCUGAAGUUUCUGGUUCAGCAAGGCAGACAAUUGUUGGUGCUAAUAAAGGACCAGAAAAUUAUCAAAAGUCUGCCCUAGAUCAAACUUCUGGACAGGCUUCAGCUUUUCAAUCUACUCCUGCUCUUGUUGGUGAGAAUUUGACCAAUAACUUGUCAGCUACAGGUGUUUCUCAAAAUUAUCUUUCAGCUGUUGUUGCUACAACUGAUGCUCCUGCAACAAGUAUACAUGAAUCUGUAGAACCGAAAGCUUCAAGUUUGGUUGAUUCUGAUGCCAAUGUGGUUGAUUUCCAGAACACAGGCCUUCCAGCACCUGCUCAGGUUGUUUUAGAGAACACACCAGUGGGUUCUGGUCGGCUACUCCUUAAUUGGUCUGAAUUCUGGAGAGCUUUUAGCCUUGACCAUAAUCGUGCAGAUUUGAUUUGGAAUGAGCGCACCCGACAGGAGUUGAGAGAGGCUUUGCAGGCUGAGGUUCAUAAAUUAGAUGUUGAGAAGGAGCGUUCGGAAGAUAUUGUUCCUGGAGGUGCUACUGUAGAAAUUAUGACUGGCCAAGAUAGUGUGCCUCAGAUAUCUUGGAACUAUUCUGAAUUCUCAGUCAGUUAUCCUAGUUUAUCCAAAGAAGUUUGUGUGGGUCAAUAUUAUCUACGAUUGCUGCUUGAGAGUGGUAGCAGUGGCAGGGCACAGGAUUUCCCCCUGCGUGAUCCAGUUGCCUUUUUUAGAGCACUAUAUCAUCGUUUUCUUUGUGAUGCAGACACAGGCCUUACAGUAGAUGGUGCAAUUCCUGAUGAGCUAGGUGCAUCUGAUGAUUGGUGUGAUAUGGGAAGAUUAGAUGGUUUUGGAGGAGGGGGAGCCUCUUCAGUUAGGGAGCUAUGUGCAAGAGCUAUGGCAAUUGUAUAUGAACAGCAUUUUAAGACAAUUGGACCUUUUGAAGGUACUGCACAUAUUACAGUUCUCUUGGACAGGACAAAUGAUAGAGCUUUGAGGCACCGACUUCUUCUCCUUCUGAAGGUUUUAAUGAAGGUUUUAUCAAAUGUGGAAGCUUGUGUUUUGGUUGGAGGGUGUGUAUUAGCUGUUGAUCUGCUGACGGUUGUUCAUGAAGCGUCAGAGAGGACUGCAAUCCCUUUACAGUCUAAUUUGAUAGCUGCUACUGCAUUCAUGGAACCACUCAAGGAAUGGAUGUUUAUUGACAAAGAUGGUGCUCAUGUUGGACCUGUGGAGAAAGAUGCCGUCAGAAGGUUCUGGUCAAAGAAAGCUCUUGAUUGGACAACAAGGUGUUGGGCUUCUGGGAUGCUAGAGUGGAAAAGAUUGCGGGAUAUCCGUGAACUUCGUUGGGCAUUAUCUGUUCGAGUUCCUGUCCUCACACCCACUCAGGUAGGGGAGGCAGCAUUAUCCAUAUUACAUAGCAUGGUAUCUGCACAUUCAGAUUUAGACGAUGCUGGAGAGAUAGUUACUCCAACUCCCAGGGUGAAACGGAUCUUGUCAAGUCCCCGCUGCCUUCCACAUAUUGCUAAGGCUAUGCUUUCUGGGGAACCAAGUAUUGUGGAGGCUGCUGCUGCAUUGCUGAAGGCUGUUGUCACCAGAAAUCCUAAGGCCAUGAUACGUUUGUACAGCACAGGCACAUUUUAUUUUGCACUGGCAUACCCUGGAUCGAAUCUCUCGUCAAUUGCUCAAUUAUUUUCAGUGACUCAUGUCCAUCAAGCCUUUCAUGGUGGGGAAGAAGCUGCAGUUUCAUCUUCAUUGCCUCUGGCUAAACGUAGUGUGUUGGGUGGUCUUCUCCCGGAAUCAUUGUUGUAUGUGUUGGAACGCAGUGGUCCUGCUGCAUUUGCAGCAGCAAUGGUGUCUGAUUCCGAUACUCCAGAAAUCAUAUGGACGCAUAAAAUGCGAGCAGAUAAUCUGAUUCGCCAGGUUUUGCAACAUCUUGGUGAUUUUCCCCAGAAAUUGUCACAGCACUGUCAUUCUUUAUAUGAAUAUGCCCCAAUGCCACCAGUUACAUACCCUGAGCUGAAAGACGAAAUGUGGUGUCACCGUUAUUACCUUCGGAAUUUAUGUGAUGAGAUUCGGUUCCCAAAUUGGCCGAUUGUUGAACAUGUUGAGUUUCUGCAGUCAUUGUUGGUAAUGUGGCGUGAAGAGUUGACACGAAGACCUAUGGACCUUUCAGAAGAAGAAGCUUGCAAAAUACUAGAGAUAUCCCUGGAAGAUGUGUCAAGUGAUGAUGCAUCUAAGAAACACUCUUCUGAAUUAGUUGAGGAGCUAUCGAAGAAGAUUGAGAACAUUGAUGAGGAAAAGCUCAAACGACAAUAUAGGAAACUUGCAAUGAAAUACCAUCCUGAUAAAAAUCCUGAAGGGAGGGAAAAGUUUCUUGCUGUACAGAAAGCUUAUGAGCGUCUUCAGGCUACCAUGCAAGGCUUGCAAGGUCCUCAACCUUGGAGAUUAUUGCUUUUACUGAAAGGGCAAUGCAUCUUAUACAGACGAUAUGGAGAUGUACUAGAACCAUUCAAAUACGCAGGCUAUCCAAUGUUGCUUAGUGAAGUUACUGUUGACCAGGAUGACAACAAUUUUCUAUCCUCAGAUAGAGCACCUCUUCUUGUUGCAGCUUCAGAGCUUAUCUGGCUAACGUGUGCAUCGUCCUCAUUGAAUGGUGAAGAGCUUGUGAGAGAUGGUGGGGUACAACUUCUUGCAACUCUUCUUUCCCGGUGCAUGUGUGUAGUUCAGCCAACUACUCCUGCAAGUGAACCUUCUGCUAUCAUUGUUACCAAUACAAUGCAAACAUUUUCUGUUUUAAGUCAGUUUGAGAGUGCCAGGGCUGAGAUGCUUCAGUUUGCUGGACUAAUUGAGGACAUUGUGCACUGCACAGAACUUGAGCUUGUUCCUGCAGCUGUUGAUGCUGCCCUUCAGACUAUUGCCUAUGUUUCUGUGUCACCUGAAUUGCAGGAUGCGUUGUUAAAGGCUGGUGUGCUAUGGUACCUUUUGCCAUUAUUGCUCCAAUAUGACUCAACCGCUGAAGAAUCUGACACACAGGAAUCACAUGGUGUUGGUGCUAGUGUUCAAAUUGCAAAAAAUAUGCAUGCUGUACGAGCAGCUCAUGCCCUGUCCAGGCUUAGUGGCUUGUGCUCUGAUGAGGUUUCAACACCUUAUAAUGGGGUGGCAGCUGGUGCGCUUAGAGCUUUGUUGACUCCUAAGCUUGCAAGUAUGUUAAAAGAUCAAAUAGCGAAAGACCUGUUAUCCAAAUUAAACACAAACUUGGAGUCUCCAGAGAUUAUCUGGAAUUCUUCAACUCGAGGAGAACUCUUAAAAUUUGUGGAUCAGCAACGCACAAGCCAGGGUCCUGAUGGAACUUAUGAUCUGAAAGAUUCUUGUGGAUUUGUGUACAAGGCAUUAUCAAAGGAACUUUAUGUUGGCAAUGUAUAUUUGAGGGUCUACAAUGAUCAACCAGAUUUUGAAAUCAGUGAACCAGAAGCAUUUUGUGUUGCUUUAAUUGAUUUUAUAUCAUUUCUUGUUCACGAUCAAUGUGCAACAGAACCAGUUGUUCAGAAUAACCUUGGUAAUGAUAGCUCAUCUUCUGAGGCAUCCGACCUUCCAAAUGAUGCAGUUGAUUCAUCAGUAAAUGAACAGCAUGUUUCUGAUGAUUCUUUGGCAGUAUCUGAUGGGAAAACAACUGACAAGGAAGAUACCCAACUGAUUAAAAACCUACAGUUUGGUUUGAUCUCACUUAAGAACAUACUGACAAGCAACCCCAAUUUGGCAUCUAUAUUUUCUACUAAAGAAAAGCUAUUACCUCUAUUUGAAUGCUUCUCUGUGCCUGUUGCGUCAGAAAGCAACAUUCCUCAGCUUUGCCUGAGUGUGCUAUCUCUCUUGACAACAUGUGCUUCCUGCUUGGAGGCUAUGGUAGCAGAUGGAUCCAGUCUUCUUCUUUUAUUACAAAUGCUUCAUUAUGCUCCAGCUUGCCGUGAGGGUGUUCUUCAUGUUCUUUAUGCUUUGGCUAGCACACCAGAGCUUGCCUGGGCAGCUGCCAAGCAUGGUGGAGUUGUAUACAUUCUUGAACUUCUCCUGCCUUUGCAGAAAGAUAUUCCCUUACAGCAAAGAGCAGCAGCAGCAUCUUUAUUGGGGAAGCUUGUUGGGCAACCGAUGCACGGACCAAGGGUAGCUAUAACAUUAGCAAGGUUCCUUCCAGAUGGCCUGGUAUCAGUUAUUAGAGAUGGGCCUGGUGAGGCUGUUGUAUCGGCACUUGAGCAGACUACUGAAACUCCAGAACUGGUGUGGACACCAGCUAUGGCAGCUUCUUUAUCUGCUCAGAUUUCCACCAUGGCAUCUGAUCUAUACCGUGAGCAGAUGAAAGGUCGCGUUGUUGAUUGGGAUGUACCUGAGCAAACUUCUGCCCAGCAGGAAAUGAGAGAUGAGCCACAGGUUGGAGGAAUCUAUGUCAGACUAUUCCUAAAAGAUCCUAAAUUUCCUCUUAGAAAUCCAAAGAGAUUUUUGGAAGGACUGCUUGAUCAGUAUUUGUCAUCUAUUGCUGCUACACAUUAUGAUACACAAGCAGUUGACCCAGAGCUUCCUUUGCUUCUAUCUGCUGCUCUGGUGUCAUUAUUGCGAGUGCAUCCUGCUCUUGCAGACCAUGUUGGAUAUCUUGGCUAUGUGCCCAAACUUGUCUCUGCUGUGGCUUAUGAGGGAAGACGAGAAACUAUGUCAUCAGAGGAUGUGAUAAAUGGAAAUCAUGCAGCAGAUAGAGUAUAUGAAUCUGAUGAUGGAUUAGCUCAGCCUGCUCAAACACCACAGGAACGUGUUCGGCUUAGUUGUUUGCGUGUACUGCAUCAACUUGCAGCCAGCACUACAUGUGCUGAAGCUAUGGCAGCAACUAGUGCAGGAACUCCUCAGGUUGUUCCACUUCUAAUGAAAGCUAUAGGAUGGCAAGGUGGAAGUAUAUUAGCUCUCGAGACACUAAAGCGUGUUGUGGUUGCUGGAAAUCGAGCUAGAGAUGCACUUGUAGCACAAGGCCUCAAGGUUGGUCUUGUUGAAGUACUUCUUGGCCUUCUUGACUGGAGAGCUGGGGGUAGGAAUGGACUAUGCUCUCAAAUGAAGUGGAAUGAAUCCGAAGCUUCUAUUGGCAGGGUGCUAGCAAUUGAGGUUUUGCAUGCAUUUGCUGCAGAAGGGGCCCAUUGCACUAAAGUGCGUGACAUAUUGAAUGCCUCAGAUGUUUGGGGUGCUUAUAAAGACCAGAAACAUGAUCUUUUCCUUCCUUCAAGUGCUCAAGCGGCAGCUGCCGGUGUUGCUGGUUUAAUUGAGCAUUCCUCGUCUCGACUCACUUAUGCCCUUACGGCUCCCCCACAGCAAUCUUCUCAAGCUAGAAUGCCUGCUUCAUCUUCUCACUUAAACGGAAGCGCAGAUCAGUUUUCAUAUUCAUAGUGUAAAGAGAAUUCUUCAGUGAAUCGAAGGUGAAGUGGAGGGAAAGUAUCAUACAUGAACCCAGAAACUGGAGAAGAAACAACAGUAACAGAGAAAGAGAUGAAAAGAUGUUAUUGUUUUAUCGAGAUUGUAGCAGCACACCGCACCCCAACACCACCCCCCCCUAUCAAUUAAAAUUCACCAACUUCUGCUUCUACUUCAAAAUCAGAUUCAGUGGCAAGUACAAGCAGUAAAGAGAAAACAAAAAUUAUGUUGCUUGGUAAAGGAAGUCUCUUAAUUAAGAUGAUGUUGGCUUGCUUCCUAUCCUAUGCUUUCAGUAAACAAGUCUCACUUUUAAUGAAUUUUUACUUAGCAGCA